AUGUUGCUUAAUUAUUUCCACGUUUCUUUAUGCUUGACUUGUAUAUCGGCUCCGAUUGCAAGUGCAGAUAAGCACGCCACAGCUUUGGAUCGAAUAAAAGUACUCAGUCUGUGCAAAGGGUGUGCAGACGAAAGGGAAGUGCCUGGAGGUAAUUCCAACCUGGAAAAGCUUUGUUUAGGGGUCCUUAAACGCAGAGAUCUACGCCAGGAGAUACAAGAAAAUAAACCGCCGUUACAAAAGACUUGUGGAAUGUGUUACGUGGAAGAACGAAAGUGA